CCUACGCGUACUGUAGUGGGGUUUACAAGGACUCCAAUUCACUCCACUCCACCCCCAUCCACUCGACUUCACCCCACUGCAAUGUGUCUGUAUCUAAGCAGCCACCGCGCUACGACGGCCGGGGAAGGUGACUGGAAGUUCUGCCACCAAAAAAAAAAGGAUGAGAAAUGGAAUGGAAUGGACGGGAUGGUCCACCCCCCCGGCCCCACUGCGACUGUCUUCCAUCGCAUCGCAUCGCAUCGCAGGUCGGGCUCGGAGCCUAUCUAUCUGCUCGUAUUUGCCGUACCUUACGUUGGCCUCGCCCUCGCUCUCGCCUUGCUAGCCUUAAACCGUGGCUACGGAUCAAAAGUCCAUGCUAUGCCAUGGCGCAAAGAUGACAUGGACUUCCAAAUAGUCGCCGUCGCCCGUUACAAUCCCGAAGAAAUUUAGCAUCUUGCGGCUUUCCUCUCUGCCUUUUGCUUUUCUCCCUUUCCUCCUCUCUCGUCGCUUCUUCCUGUCGUCCUAUCCUGUUUCCCAUUUGCUUUCCCCGCAUGUUGUGCUGCUGCCAAAACUUGCAACAACAUGACACAACCGGGCCAAGAUCCCGAGGUUGAGUACAGACCCGAGGCCGCCACUGCCAGCGAUCCUGCAGCAGCUACACAAAAUACCAAUCAUGAAGAACCUCUCGACGUCGACGGCUACGAAAAGGAGUAUAUCGAGAUAAAGGCACAUGGCCAUGCUUCCGGCGAAAGUGGCGCGGAAAGCAGAUCAAAAGACUUGGACGAGAAAAGACCGCAUAUCGACAGGACGAAAAGCCAUGCGACAACAACCAGCGCUUUCUCAGAAACCGAGUCCCAAAUAGAUGGACCAGAGAAGAGGAGACCAUGGCACAAGAAGCUCAAUCCUUUGCGGUGGGGUCAAGUGCCACCAGUUCCAGAAACUCGGACUGUGUCGAGAGAAUAUACUGCCUCGUUCCUGAGCCAGGUCUAUUUCCAAUGGGUAGCGCCUAUCAUGUCGGUAGGUUUCUCCAGGACAUACGCAGAUAAUCAAGCUGAUAGCAAGCAGGUUGGCUACAAGCGGACACUAGAACAAAAUGACAUUUGGACAGUCAACCCCAAUCGAUCAGCAGAGGCCAUGACAUUGAAACUGCAGGCUUCAUUCAAAAAGCGAGUUAACAGAGGCGACAAAUAUCCUCUACUAUGGUCGAUGCACGAGACUUUUAAAUUCGAGUUUUGGUUUGGGGGCAUUUGUCAGUUCUUCUCGAACAUCCUCCAGGUUAUAUCCCCGUUUACACUUCGUUUCCUCAUUCAAUUUGCCCAGGAUGCAUAUGUUGCGCAACAGAGGGGCGACCCACCGCCGCACAUUGGAAAGGGCUUAGGUCUGGUUUUCGGAAUUACCAUCAUGCAAAUGAUUCAGAGUCUGGGCACCAACCAUUUCAUAUACCGUGGAAUGAUGGUCGGAGGACAAGCCAGAGGUGUACUCAUCUCGGUCAUCUUUGAGAAAGCUAUGAAUAUUUCUGGGCGUGCAAAGGCUGGCGGGAAAGAGGUCAAAACUGGGCCAGACACCGAGAAUGAAAAGCAGACCAAGAACGAUGUGAAGGCCAAGGCAGAUGCGAAAAAAGGAUCGCCCAAGCAACCGACGGAUACAACUCGAGGAGUAGCUGGGGACGGGACCGGUUGGGCGAACGGAAGAGUUGUGAACUUGAUGUCUGUCGACACUUAUCGAAUCGACCAGGCUUCAGGCCUUUUCCACUUGAUAUGGACCGCCCCUAUCUCAUGUAUAAUCACGUUGAUACUACUUCUGGUCAAUUUGACUUACAGUGCUCUGGCUGGUUUCUCUUUGCUCGUUAUCGGCUUGCCCGUCCUAACGAAGGUCGUAAAAAUUCUCUUCGCGAGGCGUAAGAAAAUCAACAAAGUUACAGAUCAGAGAGUCAGCCUUACCCAAGAAAUUUUACAGUCUGUGAGAUUUGUAAAAUUCUUUGGCUGGGAAAGUGCUUUCCUGAAAAGACUUCAGAACAUUCGUGAUCAAGAGAUAAAGAUGAUUCAAAUUCUUCUUGCAAUCAGAAACGCGAUCAACGCCGUCUCUAUGUCACUUCCAGUCUUUUCAUCUAUGCUUGCAUUCAUCACAUACUCCCUGACGAGUCACGAUCUUGCGCCUGCACGAAUUUUCUCAUCGCUGGCCCUCUUCAACUCUCUUCGCCUGCCACUAAAUCUACUUCCGUUGGUCAUUGGUCAGGUCACAGACGCUUGGUCCUCGAUCAUUCGUAUUCAGGAGUACCUCUUGAGUGAAGAUCAGGACGAGAACACAAAGUUCGAUGCAGGCGCCGAAAUGGCUGUUGAGCUGAAGAACGCAGAUUUUACUUGGGAAAGAACAGUAACGCAGGAUCCAGACCAUGCUGUUCCCGUUGGGAGAAGCAAGGCAGUUAUCAAGGCCGACAAGAAGGCCAAAAAGGUAUCCGAUAAAGCUGAAAAGGAAGCUGCAAAGCUAGCAUCAACUAAGAACGACUUAUCUGGCGUAACGACGCCUGAUGACACAAGUACUCUGGCUGGGGAUAGCGAGCCGUUCAAGUUACAAAACAUGUCAUUUUCAAUCGGACGAAAUGAGUUGGUUGCUGUCAUUGGCGGGGUUGGAAGUGGAAAGAGUUCAUUGCUUGCCGCUCUCGCGGGUGAUAUGCGAAUGACAAAUAAGGGCAGGGGCGAGAUAAUGAUCGGAGCAAGCAGGGCAUUUUGUCCACAGUACGCCUGGAUUCAAAAUGCAAGUGUGAAGGAAAACAUUCUGUUUGGUAGAGAAAUGGACAAGGAAUGGUAUCAGAAGGUCAUCAAGGCGUGUGCUCUUGAACCAGAUUUGGAGAUGCUUCCCCAAGGAGAUGCUACCGAGAUUGGGGAACGCGGAAUUACAGUUUCUGGUGGACAGAAGCAACGUCUCAACAUCGCUCGGGCGAUCUAUUUUGAUGCCGAUCUGAUACUCAUGGAUGACCCUCUAUCAGCUGUAGACGCCCAUGUUGGUCGUCACAUUUUCGAUAACGCGAUUUUGGGACUGCUGAAAGACAAGGCCAGGAUCCUGGCAACACAUCAGCUUUGGGUUCUUAAUCGUUGCGAUCGUAUUAUCUGGAUGGAGGAUGGCAGAAUUCAAGCAGUUGAUACUUUCGACAAUCUCAUGAGAGAUCAUGCCGGAUUCCAGCUUCUUAUGGAAACCACGGCUGUCGAGGAAAAGCAUGAUGACGAAGAUCAUGUCAACGAGGAUGAAAUUGAGGGUGAAAAGAAGGUCUUUAAGAAGAAGCGCAAGGGUGCCACGUUAAUGCAGGCCGAGGAACGAGCUGUCAAGAGCGUUCCUUGGUCAGUGUAUUUUGACUACAUGCGCGCUGGCAACAUCAUCAAUACUCCAUUGGUAUUCAUAUUCCUGUUGGCGUCCCAGGGAGCAAACAUCUCGACCAGUCUUUGGCUUUCGUGGUGGACAAGCAAUAAAUUUGGCUACUCGAAAGGAGUUUACAUUGGGGUAUAUGCCGCUCUCGGAUUUUCACAGGCUCUGACGAUGUUCCUCUUCUCUGUCUUCCUCACAUUCAUGGGUACCAAUGCCAGUAAGACAAUGUUGAACAGAGCGAUCACACGCGCACUUCGAGCGCCGAUGUCUUUCUUCGAUACAACUCCUCUAGGCCGGAUCACGAAUCGGUUUUCACGAGAUGUGGACGUUAUGGACAAUAACUUGUCAGAUGCUAUGAGAAUGUAUCUAUUGACCAUGGCUAUGAUUCUUUCCGUCUUCGGUUUGAUCAUCGCUUACUUUCACUACUUCGCCAUUGCCCUUGGACCUCUGUUUCUCAUGUUCAUCUUCUCCGCUGCAUACUACCGUGCGUCGGCUCGAGAGAUGAAGCGAUUCGAAUCAGUCCUGCGUUCCACCGUUUUCGCCAAAUUUAGCGAGGGCCUUUCCGGCACUGCUUGUAUCCGCGCGUAUGGAUUGAAAGGCGUAUUCGUCAAGAACCUUCGAGACGCAAUUGAUGAGAUGAACAGUGCAUAUUAUCUCACUUUUGCAAACCAGCGUUGGCUAUCUACACGGCUAGACGUUAUUGGAAAUUUACUCGUGUUUGUGACUGGCCUUUUGGUUGUUACAUCUCGUUUCAAUGUAAAUCCAUCGAUUGGUGGAUUGGUUCUCAGUUAUAUCCUCGCGAUUGUUCAGAUGAUUCAAUUUACAGUUCGACAGUUAGCAGAGGUGGAGAACGGAAUGAACGCCACGGAGCGUCUUCACUACUACGGAACUCAGCUGGAAGAGGAAGCGCCGCUUCAUACAGUCGAAGUACGGAAGUCUUGGCCAGAAUCUGGUGAGAUCAUCUUCAACAAUGUCCAAAUGAGAUAUCGAGAGAAUUUGCCACUGGUUCUGUCUGGCCUCAGCAUGCAUGUUAGAGGUGGCGAACGGAUUGGUGUUGUUGGGCGCACUGGAGCUGGCAAAUCUAGUAUCAUGUCGACACUCUUCCGUCUCGUCGAACUUUCCGGAGGUUCUAUUACAAUCGACGGGCUGGAUAUAAGCACAAUUGGACUCCAGGACUUACGAUCUCGCUUGGCUAUCAUACCUCAAGACCCAACACUGUUCAAGGGAACUAUUCGCAGUAAUCUUGAUCCAUUCAACGAGCACACUGACUUAGCACUCUGGAGCGCUCUUCGCCAGUCUGACCUGAUAUCGGAAGAGGCAAGCCUAGAUGAUAAGUCCCCUGGUCGCAUCCACCUUGACGGCAUCGUGGAAGACGAGGGCCUCAAUUUCUCAUUAGGCCAAAGACAACUUAUGGCACUGGCACGAGCUCUGGUACGAGGCUCACAAAUCAUCGUCUGUGAUGAGGCAACAUCGUCCGUAGAUAUGGAAACAGACGAGAAGAUCCAGCGCACGAUCGCCACGGGAUUCCGAGGCAAAACACUACUUUGCAUCGCUCACAGACUCAAGACAAUCAUCAACUAUGAUCGCAUUUGCGUUAUGGAUCAGGGCACAAUUGCAGAGUUGGAUACGCCGUAUGCUUUGUAUGAACAAGGAGGCAUUUUCAGGAGCAUGUGUGAAAGAAGUGGUAUUAGGAAAGAGGAUUUUGGGGUUUGGGUAAAGGAAUAGUUACUUUCCGGGGGGCGUUCGUGGAAUCGGCAGGAAACAUGUAUUUCGUGCAUUGCGAGGCGUUGUGUUUUGGGUAUUACUAAUGAGAUUGAUGGAAACAGCCUGGAAACAAAUACAUAUGUCAUUUCAGUGAACGAUGAAAUGCGAGAUAAUUCGUCCGGGUGUGGCUUGCUUAAGGUAGUUGACUCUUGAAUUCCCUGCUGGUUGAUAAUUCAAGAAGUCCUGGUUCUAUCAGGUCCAACCCCUGGUCACUUAUACUGAGGUCUUGGCUGCGAAGUAAACCAGCGUGGAUGAUGUGAAAGAAUUUCGAAUUACGGGAAUUCUAAAGAGAUUGGGCAUUGUAAUGGUUUGGUGCUUUGUAAACAAAGCAAUCCCACAUCAGAAGCAUCUAGCUCUAGGCCAGCGCUGGAUAGGUAUGGAAGUUUUAAAAUUGGUGGAAAUGGCAUCGUAAGCAUAUGAGAGAAGACCCGUGUUGCGAACAGUGCUGAGGAAGAGACCAAGGAAGAAGUAGUGAGUAGUUCAGUAGAUUGGCGAGAAUUAGGUGCAAAAAUUGAGGCGAGUUAUACGAAGC